AUGGAGCUCAGGGAGCCCGAGAACCAUGAGGAUGGGGACCCAGAGGAGGACACAGCUACCGCCCUCCAACGGCUCGUGGAGCUGACAGCCACCAGGGUGACCCCAGUGAGGAAUCUGCGUGUCCUGUACCGCCUCAUCCGAGAGCUCGGCUCGGGCUCCUAUGGCCGUGUACUCCUUGCCCGGCCUCGCCAAGGAGGUCCCGCUGUGGCUCUGAAGCUUCUUCGUCGGGACUCGGUCCUGAGAACCACCUUCCUGAGAGAGUUCUGUGUGGGCCGCUGUGUCUCAUCACACCCAGGCUUACUGCAGACCCUGGCAGGACCCCUGCAAACCCCCCGACACUUUGCCUUCACCCAGGAGUAUGCGCCUUAUGGGGACCUCAGCGGGAUGCUGAAGGAACGGGGCCUCCCAGAGCUGCUGGUGAAGCGGGUGAUGGCCCAGCUGGCUGGAGCCCUGGACUUCCUCCAUGGCCGGGGGCUGGUCCAUGCAGAUGUCAAACCAGACAAUGUGCUGGUCUUUGACCCCGUCUGCAGCCGUGUGGCCUUAGGUGACUUGGGGCUGACCCGGCCCGAGGGCAGCCCAACCUCUGCCCCACCGGGGCCACUGCCCUCGGCCCCACCCGAGCUCUGCCUUCUGCUGCCACCGGACAGCCUGCCCCUGCGGCCAGCAAUGGACUCCUGGGGCCUGGGGGUGCUUCUCUUCUGCAUUGCCACUGCCUGCUUCCCUUGGGACGUGGCACUAGCCCCUGACCCUGAGUUUGAGGCCUUUGCUGGCUGGAUGACCACCAGGCCCCAACCCCCACAGCCACCCCCACCUUGGGACCAGUUUGCACCCCCAGCCCUGGCAUUGCUCCAGGGGCUCCUAGACCUGGAUCCUGACACUAGGAGCCCCCCACUGGUUGUCCUGGACUUCUUGGGGGAUGACUGGGGGUUAGAGAGGAACAGAGAGGGACCUGGGGGCUUGGGGGGCAUGUCUAGUGAAGAUGGGGAGGAGGAGGAAGAGCGAGGAGCUAGCCUGGAGGAGUGGACGGAUGAAGAAGAGGAGGACGACAAAGAUGGCAAGAGGUUGGGGACAGAUGGGGGAGCUCCCUGA